AAAUUUGCUUAACAACAAAGCACAAACACAAAACACCGAGUCAACUCAGCCACUCUCCACAAACACCUCUCCAUCUCCCUCUCCGAACCUCUAAACCCUCGCUUCAGGCAAAAUGUCACCGCAACGAGUCGACCCACACUCCUACACCGAGUCAACUCACCCCUUCACCACCCACAUCUCCCUCUCCCUCUACUUCGACUUCCCCACCUCCACAAUCCUCUCCUCCGCUCACCUCACUCUCAACUCACCCCACUCGGGCCCACUCUCUCUCGACACGCGCUCUCUCUCCAUCUCCACCGUCCUCGACAAUCUCGCCACCAAAUCUCCCAUUCCCUUCACUCUGUCACCCACUGUGGACCCCAUCAGGGGCCAACAACUAACGGUCCAGCUCGCGAAUCAGUCGGAGUUUGUUGUGGUUUUCGCCACGUCAGCGUGCAGCUCGGCGCUUCAGUGGCUGGCGCCGCCGCAGACGUAUAAUAAGAAGCUGCCGUUUGUGUAUACGCAGUGUCAGGCGAUUCAUGCCAGGUCCAUUUUCCCUUGCCAGGAUACGCCUGCUGCCCGAAUUCGAUUCUCGGCUCGGCUUAAUAUCCCAAUUGAGUUGUCCGCCGUCAUGGCAGCACGGCACGUGGAACGAAGGCUGCCUUUGACUUCUGAUACGGCAAUGGCAUGUGAAGAUACUAAAUGGUGUGCAGAAGGGAGAAUAGUUGAGGAAUUUGUGAUGGAACAACCCAUCCCACCAUACCUGUUUGCUUUUGCAGUUGGAGAGAUGAGCUUUAGGGAGGUGGGACCAAGAACAAGGGUUUAUGCUGAAUCAGCACCGGCACUUUUGGAUACGGCUGCCAAGGAGUUUGCUGGAAGUGAAGAUAUGAUAAGAGUUGGAGAGAGCCUGUUUGGACCUUAUGAAUGGGAGAGAUUUGAUCUAUUGGUUCUGCCCCCAAGUUUCCCUUAUGGAGGGAUGGAGAAUCCAAGAAUGGUAUUCCUUACUCCAACAGUAAUCAAGGGGGAUGCAAGUGGAGCACAGGUGGUGGCUCAUGAGCUUGCACAUAGCUGGACUGGGAAUUUGAUAACUAAUAAGAAUAAUGAUCACUUUUGGCUAAAUGAGGGUUUUACUACAUAUGCAGAAAGGAGGAUUGUGGAGGCUGUUCAAGGGAAAAAUAUAGCUGCAUUAAAUACUGGAAUUGGUUGGAGGGGUUUGAAAGAAGAAAUGGAUAGAUUCAAGGACAACAUGGAGUUCACGAAGCUCAAAACCAAUCAAGAGGCUGUGGAUCCAGAUGCUGUAUACUCCUCAGUUCCAUAUGAGAAAGGUUUUCAGUUUUUAUGGCGCAUUGAACGGGAGAUUGGAAGGCCCGCAUUUGAUGAAUUUCUCAAGAAAUAUAUUGCCACCUUUAAGUUUCAGUCUAUUGACACUGAUAUGUUUCUCGAAUUCCUGAAAACAAAUGUUCCUGGGAUUGAGAACAAAAUUGAUUUGCACUUAUGGACUGAGGGUACUGGAAUCCCUUCAGAUGCCAUGGAGCCAGAUUCUGAGAUCUACUCAAAGAUUGUUUCUUUGGCCAAAGAGUUCAAUCUUGGUAGGAUGCCCAGGGAAGAUGAAGUUGCUGACUGGAGAGGACAGGAAUGGGAAUUAUAUCUGGAAAACCUCCCGAAAUCUGUAGAAGCAUCACAGGUUUUAUCCUUGGAUAGUAGCUACAGGCUUUCCGAAUCAAAAGAUUACGAGAUCAAGGUGGCAUUUCUUCAGAUGGCCAUCUCAGCAUCUUGUAAGAAGUAUUAUGGUGAAGUGGAGAAAACUUUAAAGGAAGUUGGGAGGAUGAAAUAUCUUCGCCCGCUCUAUACAGCUCUUGUUAAAGGCCCUGGAUUAGAAGAAGAGAAGAUAUUUGCCAAAAGAGUGUUUUCAGAGGCUCGAUUAACUUAUCACCCGAUUGCUCAGGGUGUUGUGGAGUCCAUCUUUUCCAAAUACCUUUGAAAUGUUAUAUAUUUGUCCCGUACUUGUUUUAAUCUAAUUGCUGAGGCUUAUAAGUAUGUAAAUUCGGCUUAUAAGUAAGUCGAAUCGGACCAUCUAGUGGUUGAGACUAUAGAUUCUACAUGUGGUACACUGAUGCUGUGUUGAGUAUUAGCCUUUAAAAUAAAAUUAAAACUUUGUCCCA